AUGGCUGAGGAUGACCCCGAAGCCAACUUCGAUCAGUUCUUGGAACGCGCAAGCGUUUUGAAGAGAAUGGUAAUUUCUGCCAAAGAGUUUUUUGAUUCAGUCGAGGCUUCCGACAAGCGACGAGGCAAGCAGCCUAUUAUCUCUACAUUUCCCAAGAACAUCGAGUAUCCUGGAGGUCGACACGACAAUGACUUUGCCGAUAUCACCAAGAUUGCCAUUCUUCCAACAUAUGGAGAAGUCGUUAGCGAGCAGGAAGAGUAUCUACCAUCUACCAACUUUACGGAUCCCCAUGACCAUCUACCAACUUUACGGAUCCCCAUGUUCUUGACGAUCCUUUGCAACGACACAUCGACUCCAUGUUUCGACUUGUUAGACAUGACAUCCUCGGCCCGGUCAAGGACAUUCUUACCGACCUUUUACGCUCUGAUAACAUCAUGGCUGGACGUCUCUCGAACGGAAAUCCACAGGCAAGAAGCGUGCGACAUUGCUCCGCUGUAUGGUGCACCCAGCAUCACCGUCAAGUUUGCAAAUCAUUCGCGGGAUGAUCUGCUCCUCCUGGCAAAGCUGUACAAUACCAAAGCUCUUGGUGUACUCGUUGACUUCAAUGGCGUCAUUCCAGAUACCUUUGUUCCCAUCCUCAAGAACCUUCAGAGGAUCAAAGGUGAAAACCACAUCGCCUUUCAACAAUGGAUCCUUCCCAGCCCACCAGAGGACCGGAUCGUCGCGAUACCGGGCUACGCCCGAAGACUGGAUUUCAACUUUUCGCUGAGAUGUAUCACAAAAGACAAAGCGGUUGAUGUGUCUCUGGAUCCUAAGGAGCCUCAGAACUUGAGUAUUGAGGAACUUGAGGAAGCGACUGGGCUUGACGCAGGUCAAUGCCGCGGCUUGGUUGGCGCUCUUACUCGAGAGUACGCGCUCAUUCAAGGCCCUUCUGGCACAGGAAAGUCGUACCUCGGUGUCCAACUUCUGAGAGUUCUCCUGGCGGCAAAGCAGAAAGCUCAUCUAGGACCGAUUCUUAUCAUUUGCUACACCAACCAUGCUCUUGAUCAGUUUCUCAAACAUCUCCUUGAUGUCGGUAUCACCCGCAUCAUUCGAAUCGGUGGCCGCAGUGUAACACCAGAACUCGAAGGCCUCAACCUGCGCGUAGUCAGCAAGGAAACCGAAAAAACAGUCGGCGAGCGCAUGACCCUUGCCAGUGCGUUUACUCAAAAGGACUCAAGCGCAUAUACCGCCGCGGAGGCAGUGACCUCUCUGCGCCUUAGACGGAACGGUCCGAGCUGGGAGUUGCUUGGUGAUUUCUUAGUGGAAGACAAUUCUGACAUCUACGAGCAGUUCGCAGAUAUAGCGAAUGAGCUGACGGGUAAGGAUGGUGAUCCCCUGUUGAUGUGGCUCGCUGCGGGAGAUGCAGACAUCCAAGAGCCAGCGAGAUCCAACUUGAUGGAAACAACUAUCGCGGCGGAGAAAGAUGUCAACAUGCUCUCUCAACAGACAGAUGUCCUUUUCGAAGCGAUGGACGACGUCGAAGAGCAGUUGAAGAACAUCAACAGGGUACACGACGGUGUCAAUCAGCGAACUCUGGUUCAGGCUGAGGUGAUUGGGCUGACUACCACAUCAUUAGCUGGCCGAAUCGACAUGCUCCGAAGCCUGAAAUGUAAGGUCGUCAUCUGCGAAGAGGCAGGUGAAGUCAAAGAGGCUGACAUCAUAUCUGCUCUGAUGCCUAGAGUUGAGCACCUGAUCCAGAUUGGAGACCACAAACAACUCCGACCUCAGAUCAACAAUUUCGACCUUUCACUUGAGUCGACCUCUGGGCAGAAAUGGCAACUUGAUCGCAGCCAGUUUGAGCAACGAGCUGAGGGCGAGCCCGGUCUUUCACCAGCGCCAUUUGCACAGCUCGACGUCCAGAGACGAAUGCGGCCUGGAGUCUCGCGCCUGAUCCGAGGAGUGUAUCCUGAUUUGAAGGACCACCAGAAUGUUCAAAACCUCCCGGAUGUGGUUGGAAUGCUCGACAACGUCAACAAAUGGGAGACCGACAUGGCUACGGCUCUCAUCCGUCACUUGGUUCGACAAGGCAAGUGCCGAGCCGAGGACAUCGCUCUCUUGACACCCUACAUGGGCCAGCUUCAGCAACUCAAAGCCGCUCUUAGUAGCGACUUUGAGAUCUGUCUUGGCGACCGUGAUCGCGAUCAGCUGGCGCAAGAAGACUUUACAGACGACCUGACUUCCAACAAUACUGUCGAGAAGAAGAAGUUGUUGCAGACCAUUCGACUUGCAACUGUCGACAACUUCCAAGGAGAGGAAGCCAAGGUCAUUGUUGUGUCUUUGGUCCGCAGCAACCCCGAGCGAAAGGUUGGUUUCCUUCGAAUCGAGAAUCGUAUCAAUGUUCUUCUCAGUCGUGCCAAACAUGGAAUGUAUUUGAUUGGCAAUACUGAGACUUACCUCAAUGUUCCGAUGUGGGCAGACGUCCAUGAGAUACUUACAGACGCCAAUGCUGUUGGCAAGGAGCUCAAGCUUUGCUGUCCUCGCCAUCUCGCGACCCCGAUCACCUGUUCUGAGCCAGAGCACUUCCUCACUCGAAGCCCUGAAGGUGGAUGUACCUUACACUGCUCCCGACGAUUGGAACCUUGUGGACAUAUGUGCCAGGCGACUUGCCACUCGGAUGCCAUGCACGAUGCAUUCUCCUGUACACGGCCUUGCCCUCGCCUCAGAGCCACAUGCGACCACAUCUGUCCUCAACUUUGCGGUCAACCCUGUGGUCCUUGCCUGAUCAAGGUCCACAAUGUUGAGCUUCCUUGUGGCCAUGUCAUCGAAACACUGUCGUGCUACCAGACACAAGACUUGGCAUCUGUCCAGUGCCCUCAUCCAGUUGAGAGGGAGCUGCCUCACUGCGGUCAUACCGUGACGAUGAAGUGUCAUCAACUGGGUAACACGGCGAGCACAAGAACUGCACUAAGCGUUGUGGUCGCGCCUACAGUAGUUGUAACCACCGAUGCACUCGGAAGCGCCAUACUGGAGAAGACUGUGGAAGUUGUUGGGAACCUUGCGAGCAACAAGAAGAUGGCAAUCGUCGAUCUUUUGGAGUUCCGAUCGUACUCCAAGAUCAACUUGUACGAGACUCCGAUCAUCGUUCUUGGAUGUGGCCACUUCUUCACCAGCGAAACUCUGGAUGGCCUUGUUGGUCUCGAUGAAGUUUACACUACGGACAUGUUUGGAAGCUACGCGGGAUUGAAAGAUAUCACCACGUCCCUCACGGAGAAGACGCCCUGUUGUCCAAGCUGCAAACGCUCGAUUCGACAGUUCGCUACCAAGCGAUACAACCGUGUCAUUAAUCGAGCCGUGAUGGACGAUAUCUGCAAGCGCUUCCUCAUCAAGGGACGGGAAUCACUGGUGAAGCUUAAUCACAAGCUUCUCAAGGCUGAAACUUCGCUUGCGUCGUCGCGUCGGUCAACAGCACCAGGGCAUCACCACACAGCAACCACUUUCUUCAGAGAGCGACAUAUGGUAAUUCAGCAAGUCGAAGACAACGCCGUGGCUCUCCAGAAGAUGAUGGGAGAGGAGAACCAGCCCAUCAAGAAGCUUUACGACGCAAUUGCGACAUCUCGACCCCAGGGCUCUGGCGGUUCGCAGUCUGUCGCUCUAUUGAUGGACGCCAUGAAACUCUCGCAGCCUUCACCUGACAACCAAAUUCUCUUGGGAGCACGACUGCUUGCUAUUGAAGCUCAACAGGUGCAGCUUAUGGAUGCAUAUGCAGUUUCCAAGAUGAAUGGAUGGAAACUACACGAAAACGCACUUACUCUCCCUGUCCCGGAUGAAUGGUUCAAGGCGUGCAAGGAGUUGAUGAGGGAGGCGAAUGAGGAGAAACUCCCGAGAAUCUUCAUCGCGGCAGCUCUCGCAUUUGCCAAGGGUGAGGAUGACUCGUCCUCUGCUAGAGGCGAUGAGAACAAGACUGGACAUGUUGCAACGGCUCGUGGACUCCUCACCACUGCCCUUGAGUCUUGUUCCAAGUUCGCCGAUGGAGAGAUUCUCAAGAAGAGAGUCCAGGAUAUGAUGGAGUUGUAUGAUCCCAAGUACGAAAAGACUACGCCGGAGGAACUGGCAGCGAUUCGAUCUGCCAUUGUCAGUGGACCUCAAGGCAUGGCAACACACUCUGGCCAUUGGUACAACUGUGUCAACAGCCAUCCGUUCGCGGUUGGAGAUUGUGGAAUGCCCAUGGAAGAAGCGCGCUGCCCCGAAUGCGACGAACCAAUCGGUGGCUCUAGACAUCGACUAGUUCAAGGCGUUACUAGAGCUGAGGAGAUGGAAGCUCCUGCGCGCCAAGCUGAGGGACCUGUUGGUGGACGAGUGCCAGAGUUGAUUUGA